UUCGUUUUGUCGAAGUCGGCAAUUGUCCUUGUGGCAACGCUUCGUGGGCACUAGAAGUUGUCUUUUAGUUCACGAUUGUCAGCUUGAGUGCGAUAAACUUAUGGUCUUCAAAUCCGUAACAACCUUGUGUCUAGACCCAAUCUCGCGUCAGACCACUGGACAGGAGCAAGUUCUCACGUGAAUUCAAUCUAUCCAUGCAUUGCCCCGCCAUUAAAUAAGCAGCACAGAACAAACAUUCAUCCAGGGUCGGAGUCUGCAGUCGACCCCACUGUUCCUUGGCUUCAUAACCCCGAGGUACCAUGCCACCUCCCCGUCUCAAGCGCACCCGGACGGGAUGCCUGACCUGUCUCCGGCGGCGAGUCAAAUGUGGUGAAGAAAAGCUUAUGUGUCACAGAUGUCAGACUGCCAACCUCGUCUGUGCCGGCUACCAGCAGAGCCGGCAUGUCGUGCCUGUCGUUUUCACGGGAGAAGCGGAUACAGACGCACCCUCCUCUGCCCCGCUUGUAACCUCGUCUUCAGCGUCCCAGUUGGUUUUAGCCCAGUACGUGCCAGAUGUGGUGCGAUCGCCUGAAGACCCACAUCAACGCACUGCUUUACUAGCAAUCUACCACCAAUACGUGACUAGCACCGUCCACCGGUUCUUCGCAGGCAGCGGCCGUGUAUUUUGGCGCGACACAGUCGCACAGAUGGCGUGGGCGGACGAUCCGGUCUGCCAUGCGAUUCUGUGUCUCGGGGCCCUGCACCGGGCCGCGCUACUCCCGGCGGGCCAUGCGCAGAAGGGCCAAAUGAGAGCGAAGGGUGUGAAUGCCUACACCAGUGGCUUGGAACUUGCGCGGGGCCACUGCAGCACUGGGAUCCGGCAGGUCGGGGUUAGUUCGGUUGGGGUUAUAAUGGUCUUUGCGUUGGUGAAGGUAGUAUACCCAGCUCUGCCAUCCCAUCCACGAAGAGUUUGUCUGACUAUGUGGAUAAAAGUAGGUAUUCUUGAAACACCUGUCCGGUGCUGGACGCCACCUCGGCGGGGCACAGAGACUGUUCUGCGAGCUUGUCGGGUCGGCAAACCCUACGGAGGAUCUUAGAUGUAUCGAGGACCCGCUCACGCGUCUGCAAUUCUCCAUCCAGAAUCUGACGUCUGGGACCGGAGGUGAGGCUGUUCCGGAGCAAACAGCUGUAGCCCCCUUUCCUCACUAUCCAAGCCUCUCAUACAUCAACGAUGAAGAUCUCCUCUUCUCAGACCACAGUCAUCUCCUCCAGGUUGUAGCCUCUUACCGGGACGACAGCCAGCUCGUGUGGCUACCAAUCGAGCACACAACCACCUCCGUAAACAGAGAACCACUCAAUUUAGUCUAUAGGGGUAUGGGAUAGUUUGGAUUGCUUAGUUUUGGUUGGGUUGGUGUGGGGUUCUUUUUGGGGGUACUGAGAGGAUGGGAUUUACUGUGCAUGGUAUGGAGAUUGAAUAAGUAUGAAUUAGCCUCGCAAAGAGGAUGAAAUUAAUUGCUGGUUGGUUUAGUUAUACCUGAUAGGGAAUGGGGGAGCCCUUACCUUGCGCUUUGU